UUUCUGCUUGUUUGUUGGAUUACUCUGUGGGUUACUGUUUUGUUGCUUUUGGAUUGUUUUUGCCUAUUUUGGACCUAAAUUAAAGAAAUAAUCUUGGGCCAGGUGCAACAGGACUGUGCCAUGAUUUUCCCUUUAGUGGUUUUACUGGUGCUCCUGUUGCUCUCUGAAGCCAAGUCCUCCCUCCAGGGACACAGGGGACCGGAAAUCCUGAGCAGUGAUGAGAUCCUGCAUAGCGAGUUUAUCUAUGUGCCGAAACGACAAAAACGUGCCGUGGUUGAUCACAAAGGUUCUCAAACAGAGAAAUGUUCUUACACGUUUGUUGUCCCCGAGCAGAAAAAAAAGGGGGCCAUAUGUGUGAACUCCAUGGAGCCUGACGCCUUGCUGGAGAACCGAGUCAAUAAGCAGGAGCUGGAGCUGCUGAACAUUGAGCUGCAGAAACAUCGACAGCAGAUUGAAGCAUUGCAGCAGCAGGUUGAGGUGGAUGGGGGGCUGGUCAAUGAAGUCAAACUGCUACGUAAAGAGAGCCACAACAUGAACUCCAGAGUGACACAAGUCUACAUGCAGCUGCUGCAUGAGAUUAUCCGCAAACGAGACAAUGCUCUGGAGUCAUCACAGCUGGAGACACGUGUGCUAAACCACACAAAUGAAAUGGUGAGGCUAGCCUCACGCUACCAUGACCUGGAACAUAAGUACCAGCAUCUGUUGGUCCUCGCUAAUAACCAGAGUGCUCUCCUGGUGCAGCUGGAGGAGCACUGUAAGCAGCGAGGGUACUCGUACGGAGCGGUGCAGGACAGGAGCCGCCCUGCCCGUCCCAACAUCUUGCAGACGCCAGUAUUGUCUCCUGGAGGUUAUAGACCCUUCCAUCCACCUACCUAUACUCGCCACACCAACAAGCCCUUUACUAACCACAUACAGAAUGACCAGAACUCUAAAGCAUUACCACUUCCACUGCCCACAAUGCCAAGUGCUACAUACACCUUUACAAAUAAGGCCACUGAUCCUGUUAAAGACUGUCUAGAGGCUCUAGAAGGUGGACACACCACCAGCGGCAUGUACCUCCUCAAACUACUCAAGGGCAACAGAUUCAUGCAGGUGUGGUGUGACCAGAGACACGACCCUGGUGGCUGGACUGUCAUUCAGAGGCGUCAGGAUGGCUCUGUGAACUUCUUUAGAAACUGGGAGACAUACAAGCAGGGGUUUGGAAACAUUGACGGUGAAUACUGGUUGGGCUUAGAGAACAUAUACUGGUUGACCAAUCAGGGCACCUACAAGCUGCUGGUGACUUUGGAAGACUGGAGCGGACGCAAGACCUUUGCAGAAUAUGCCAGCUUCCGUGUGGAGUCGGAGUCUGACUUCUACAGGCUGCAAGUGGGCCAAUACCAUGGAAACGCUGGAGACUCUCUUACUUGGCAAAACGGAAAACAGUUCACAACGCUGGACAACGACCAUGACGUCUACUCAGGUAACUGUGCUCAUUACCAGAAGGGAGGAUGGUGGUAUAAUGCCUGCGCCCAUUCCAACCUGAACGGUGUUUGGUACCGUGGUGGGCAUUACCGCAGCCGUUACCAGGACGGGGUCUACUGGGCUGAGUUCAGAGGGACAGCUUACUCUCUGAAGAAAGUGACCAUGAUGAUACGACCAACUGCAAACACCUUCCAUUAACAAUUCAGUCCUUAAAAAUUGUACAUGUUUUACUUAAACAUUAAAUGAUCUCUAUUUAGAAAAAGCAGGAAUCCUCGAUUUGCUGGAAUAUGUUAUGUGACUGCUGCUCUGUGAGGGCUUUUGGUGAUUUUUGUGCUCACUUCAUUUUGUUGAUGUACAAAACCAUAAAACUUACAAUAGCAUCCAUUUGCCUGUAUAGAACAAAGUCAACAUUACAUUGAUUGUAUGUUCAUGUAAAUAAGUAACAUAGGAAUUUAAAUAUAAUUAUUUAAAUAAUAUUUAAACAUUGCAAAAUUUAAGUAAAUCCUCAAACCCAAAAAUUAGGGUUUUUUAUUAUUGUCAUUACACUUUAUUUCAUCUAUUCAUGAAGGUCUUCUGGAAACUCAGUAUAUGUAGUUAGUAUAUUAGGAUAUUCAAGUACAAAGUUUAACAUGCAGAAUAGAGUUAAAAAGGUAAAUUAAAGGACUUUGGACAAUUUGUCACCUACAAAUGUGUUGUUCAGUUUUGGGUUGUAAUAAAAGAGACCCCAAAGAGUCAGCUGUUCAUUUUGAAAUACAGAAUAACCUUGCUAACAAAGCU